UGCAGGAACAGAAAACAAACCCAUUGAACAACGAAGUCAUGCGAUACUGCCGCUUUUGUUCAAGUACUUUGUAAUUUUAAUCUGUAACUCUGAUUUUAUCGUACAGCUUCAUUAAACACAUUUCACUUAAAGCGUCACUAUAUUAUUUUUGUAUAAAAAAUUUACGAUGAAAUAAGUGCAUUACUUAAGUGUGAUUAAGUACUUGGCUUUUGUGUUACUUGCGAUAUUCAACGAUGACAGUUAUUUUAAUUGUUAUGUUGUAUCGAAUUGAUAGUUUUAAAGAUUGACGUGGAAAUUUUCGAGACCGCGGACAACUUUAGUUGCUCGCGGUAUUCCGAUACGCAUUAUUCCCGCCUGUUCCUUUCUGCGCUUCUUCUGUAGACCAACGACUGUAAUAGAACUGAUCCCGUGAGAGAGAAUUUAUGUUCCUCUUAUUGCAUUUUAUCGUCACUUUCGCAUGCUGUAAGUAUAUAGUAGUUCUGGAGGAAUUCGAAAAGUUCCGCCAAAGAAGAUUUAUACAGGCUAUUUCGGGAGAUUUAUGCAGGGUGUUCCAGGAGGAAAGGUCAAUAUUCUGGGAGGUGAUAGUAUCGGUUAUUUUAAGCAAAAAUGUUCAUAUGAAUACGAGGUGUGUCCGGAAAGUAUCCGACCUUGUGCUCUAACCUUAUACCCGGGUGUGCUAUUGAUAAAAGUAACUAUUCAUAAUUUAGGGGGAACCUUUAUGAGUGCCCCUGCCAGGCAGCACGGUCCGUCGAGUCUUCAGUCGACAACGGUACGCUGUUUAGUAAACAUUGAAUUUUGUGCGAGUCGCAUUUCACGAUGACUGAACGCAUCGAACAAAGAGCGUGCAUUAAAUUUUGCCAAAAACUUGGCCAUUCGUGUUCGGAAACCAUCCACACGAUUCGUCAAGUACGAGUACUCGUAUAUGACGAUGAAUCCAUGAGUGAUACGCAGAUUAAAGAAUGGUUUAAGCGAUUUAAAAGUGGUCGUGCAGAGUCGGAGCAACAUCAAGGCUGUGCUCACUGUUUUUUUUUUUCGACCAGAAAGGAGUUAUUCAUCGCGGAUACGCUCCAAAAGGUCGGACGACAUGUGUGCUGUCUGGGGAGUGCGUGACGCAGCGAGAAGGAAAUGGCCAGAUUUGUGGAAAAGUGGCGACUGGGUGCUGCACCACGACAACGCACCUGUCCACGCAUCGCAACUUAUCCAGCAAUUUCUUGUGAAAAACGGCAUUGUUCAGCUUCGUCAGCCCCCAUACAGUCCUGACCUGGGCACCCUGCGACUUCUGGCUGUUCCCCAAAUUGAAAAAUCCUCUUAAGGGAAGAAGAUUCGAUGACGUGGAGGAAAUCGCGAGAAGGUUGUAGCUUCCAAAGGGGAGUACGUUGAAGGGGACAUCGUCGCCAUUGAUCAGAUUUAGCUCUUUCUCCUGCUGCAGCACAAGGCCGGAUACUUUCCGGACAGACCUCGUAUAUGUCCCAUUUCCCACUGUUUCCGAGAUAGAGCUACUUGAAGUUUUUCUGUACACUUCACACUUCAUCCAACCUCAUA